CACGUUAAGAAGCUGAGACCCAUUAGAGCUGUAGUAAAUCAACCCGCGUGCCACAACACCGUUACACCUGCCGGCAUUUCAGCGGAUCACAGCAGGGCAAUAACUGCCACCCAAGUGAGCGACUUCCAGAAAAUAAAGCGGCAAAGUGGUCCACCCACAGUUCCCUCACCAAGCCGUCUACGGCUUCGGGCACGGAGAGUUUACGACGAGUUCAUUUAACAGCGCGGAAACCGGAUAAUCGGCGAGUGGGCUGUAUAUACAGAUGAAAGAGAAGAUGUUCAAAAGAAAACCUUCACGAAAUGGAUAAACGCACAGUUUGCUAAGGCACGAAGACCCCCCAUUGAUGACCUCUUCACCGAUUUCUGAGACGGCCGACGUCUUCUCGAACUGCUUGAGAGCUUGAUUGGCUGCGAACUAGUUAAGGAACGUGGCUUCACUCGAGUGCACUCACUCAACAAUGUUAACAGGGCCCUGCAGAUCCUUCAGAAGAACAAUGUUGACCUGGUUAACAUUGGGGGAGCUGACAUUGUAGAUGGCAAUCAUAAACUGAUCCUGGGGCUCAUCUGGAGCAUCAUUCUCCACUGGCAGGUUAAAGAUGUGAUGAAAGAUGUCAUGGCAGACCUACAGCAGACUAACAGCGAGAAGAUUUUGCUAAGCUGGGUCAGGCAGUCCACCAAAAACUACAAGGACAUCAAUGUGGUCAACUUCUCCACCAGCUGGGCGGACGGUCUCACCUUCAAUGCUCUUAUCCACAGCCACAGGCCCGAACUGUUUAACUGGAGUGUGGUGGAGCAACUGGAUAAUGCCGUCGAGAAACUGGAUCACGCCUUUAAAGUUGCCGAGAAGAGUUUAGGCAUUGAACGACUGCUGGACCCUGAGGAUGUUGCCACAGCUCAUCCAGAUAAGAAGUCCAUCAUUAUGUACGUCACCUCCCUGUUCCAAGUGCUGCCCCAUGGCGUGAGUAUGGAGGCCAUCCAGGAGGUCGAGACCCUCCCUCGAGCUACAGUAACUAAAGAGGAGCAUUUCCUCCUACAAACCCAACAGCGUUACUCUCAGCAGAUCACAGUCAGCAUGGCACAGAGCCGCGUUCGAAGCCCUUCUCCCUCCAACAAACCUCGAUACAAAAGCUAUGCCUUCACUCAAGCUGCAUACGUCAAGACCCCUGAACAGCAGAGGAAGUUCUUGACCACUCAGUCUCCAGACAAGCUCGAUGAACUGCGACCAUCCCCGAGUCCCCUGCCGCAGGGAUUAAAUGAACUGGAAAGCUACCAGAGCGCCCUGGAAGAGGUGUUGACCUGGCUGCUCUCUGCUGAGGAAGGCUUGCAAGCGCAGCCGCCCAUCUCUUAUUUUGUGGAAGAAGUCAAAGAGCAGUUUCACACCCAUGAGGGUUACAUGGUGGAGUUAACAUCUCAUCAGAGCAGUGUGGGCCGGGUUCUGAAAGCGGGAAGUGUACUGUUGUCUGGAGGUCAGCUGACCAAUGAUGAAGAGAGGGAGGUGCGGGAACAGAUGAAUCUGCUCAACUCUCGCUGGGAACAUUUGCGUGUGGCCAGUAUGGAACGACAAAGCAGACUUCAUAAAGUUUUGAUGGACCUGCAGCACGAACAGCUAAAGCAGCUCUCUGAUUGGCUGGACACGACUGAAGCUCGGAUCAAAAGGAUGGCCGCACAGCCUCUGGGCCCCGAACUUGAUGAUAUUAAACGUCAAGUUGAAGAGCAAAAACUCAUGCAGGAAAAUCUGGAGCUGGAACAGGUUCGAGUGAAUUCUCUCACUCAUAUGGUUGUAGUUGUAGAUGAGAACACUGGCGACAGCGCCACAGCAGCCUUGGAGGAAAAACUGCAGAAUCUAGGAGAACGAUGGGCGGCCAUCUGUAAAUGGACGGAAGACCGUUGGCUCCUUCUACAGAAGAUCCUGCUGAGCUGGCAGCAUUUCUCAGAGGAACAGUUGCUGUUUGAUUCUUGGCUGACUCAGAAGGAAGAAUUAGUUCAAUCCGUCCAACGCAGCGGCACAAAUGACCCGAAUGAAGUGGCCGCCAAUCUCAGGAAACUCGCUAUUUUAAAGGCAGACCUGGAGUUAAAGAGACAGACCAUGGACAAGCUUUGCUCCCUCGUUCAAGAUCUACUCACCAAUAUUAAAAGCAAAGAAGCAGCUGGGAAACUUGAGGCGAAGCUUGAAAGGUUCGCCCAGCGCUGGGACAAAUUGGUGCAGUCACUUCAGCUCACCAGCACCAAGUUUUCAACCAUUGUCACUACAUCCCAGUCAGAGCUCACACAGACAACCAUGGCAACUGUCACCAAGGUGACCACGAACCAGAAAAAGAUGGUGAAGCAUACUAAAGAGGGUCUGUCUACUCCCCCUCCGCAGAAGAAGCGACAGAUUGUUGUGGAUUCAGAGCUGCGGAAAAGGUUUGAUGUGGACUUCACUGAAAUUCACAGUUUUAUGACUCGUUCAGAGGCCGUUCUACAAAAUCCAGAGUUCUCAAUCUCUCGUAAGGAGGGCAGCGUGGCCGAUCUCUAUGAGAAAGUACUGGCCAUCGACAGGGAAAAACCGGAAAAGUUCAGGAAGUUGCAGGAAGCCACGCGUUCAGCUCAGGCUCUGGUGGAUCAGCUCACCAGCGAUGGCCAGAACUCCGAAGACAUCCAGCAAGCGGCCGAGCAGCUACGCGCGCGGUGGGUCGAUUUCUGCGCUCUCCUGGCUGAGAGGCUGGCGUGGUUGGCCUUCCAGACCAAAGUCCUGGCUUUCUACAAUCUUUUCCAGCAACUGGAACAGGCCGUGGCCACCGCCGAGAACUGGCUGAAGGUGCAGUCGCCGCCCGCGUCCGAGCCGGAGCCGCUGAGGAUCCAGCUCGACCGAUGCAGGGACGAGAUAGCUCGACUGUCUGCUCUUCAACCACAAGUGGAGAAGCUUCACGAGCAACUUCAAGACCUGAGACAGAAAGAGGAGACGCCGGUCCUCUUUGAUGCGGACAUCUCCGCCUUCCAAGAGCACUACCAUCAAGUCCUCGAGGACCUGAGGGCCCGGGAAAGACAGCUCGUUCUGGUUCAAUCCAGUCUUCCACCUGCACGUUAUAAAGACGUGAUGGCAGCUCUGUUGGCCUGGCUGCAGCAUUGUGAGAAUAAACUAGCCAUCCCCUCCACCGCAGUGACCGAGUACCCAGUCAUGGAGCAGAGGCUUAAAGACAUCAAGGCGAUUCAAGCAGCACAGAAGGAGCAUCAGAGUGAAGUGGAUGAUCUCAAUAAGAUGGCCGAGCAGGUGUUCCAGAAAGCACCACCUGAGAUCUGUCAGAAGUACCGGACCGAGCUGGACAACGUGAUGGUGCGCUGGAGACGCGUGUCUGAGCAGCUGGAGGAGAACAUACAGAAGCUGCAGGAUCACAUGAGCAAAUUACAGCAGUUCCAGAACGAUACCAAGACUCUGCAGAAAUGGAUGGCAGAGGUUGAUGUUUUCCUGAAUGAGGAAUGGCCGGCUCUUGGAGACGCGGAGGCUUUGGAGAAGCAGUUGGAACAGUGCACGGCUCUGGUGAAUGACAUCCAAACCGUCCAACCGAGUCUGAACGGCAUCAACGAGGUCGGAAUGGCUUUGAAGAGGGAGGCAGAACCUCCGUUUGCCAUCAAAAUACAGAAGAUGCUGGAUGAGCUCAACGCUCAGUGGGAACUCAUUUGCAAACAGGCCUAUGCGAAGAAAUCAGCCCUGAAAGGAGGACUGGAAAUGACCGUUAGUCUGAGGAAAGAGAUGCAGGAAAUGCAAGAGUGGAUCACACAGGCUGAAGAAGAAUACCUGGAACGAGAUUUCCAAUACAAGACACCUGAGGAACUUCAUAAAGCCGUGGAGGAGCUAAAGAGAGCUCAAGAGGAAGUCCAUCAAAAGGAAACAAAGGUGAAGCUACUGACGGAUAAAGUCACCAAUUUCAUUUCAAAGGCCCCUCCUGCGGCCCACGAUGCCCUGAAGGCAGAACUGGACGUUUUAACUUCGAACUACCAGCGACUCUGCAGUCGGCUCGAUGGAAAAUGCAAGACUUUAGAGGAAGUGUGGGCAUGCUGGUGUGAACUGCUCUCUUAUUUGGAGCUGGAGAAUGCCUGGAUGGACCUGCUGGAGAAGAAACUGGAUGAAACAGAAAACAUUGAAGGAGGUGUUAAAGAACUUGAAGCAGCUUUGGCUUCCAUAGACACCAUGAUAAGAGACCAUCCCGAAUAUAAUCGCAACCAGAUCCGCGAAUUAGCCCAGACCCUCAUGGACGGCAGGGUUCUCGAUGAGCUCAUACACAAUAAAGUGGAAGAUUACAAAACGCGCUGGGACGAGCUGAUGCAGAGGGUUUUACAGAGACGACAGCAGCUGGAGAAAAGCCUGCAGUGGGCUCAGGAGAAUGACAGGACCCUGCGGCUCAUUCAGGACUCUCUGAAUACCACCGACAGACAUUUGACUGCUUACCUGGCAGAUGGAAUAGACGCUUCACAGAUACCUCAGGAGGCCCAGAAAAUCCAGUCCGAGUUGAAUGGUCAUGAGACGACACUAGACGAUAUGAGGGAAAAAGCUGUAGAGCUUGACGCCACCGACAAAGUGAUUGAAGACAUUGAUGCUACAAUUGAUAAACUAUCGCAAGUGAAAGGCAAGUUCCGCCUUUUCCAAAAGCCAGCCAAUUUUGAUCAGAGGUUGAGGGAAUGUGAGAACGCACUAGAGGAGGUUAAAGUGAAGUUGGGGGUGCUGAACGUUAUGAGUGUGGAACAGGAAGUGGUACAGUCGCAGUUGGAGCAAUGCAUGAAGUUUUAUAAGAAUCUAAGUGAAGUGAAAUCAGAGGUGGAGACGGUGAUAAAGACAGGACGACAGAUUGUGCAGAGACAGCAGACAGAGCAACCCAAAGAGCUGGAUGACAGAUUGACGGCUCUUAAACUUGCAUACAACGACUUGGGUUCACAGGUGACAGAAGGAAAACAGGAACUUGAGAAGAUUUUGAAGUUGCUGAGGAAGUUUAGGAAGGAGGUAAACAGUCUGACAGAGUGGCUGGCGGCUACCGAUGAGGAACUGACGCGCCGGUCUUCCGUUGAAGGGAUGCCAAGUGACUUGGAGGCAGAGUUGUCUUGGGCCAAGGCAACGCAGGAAGACACGGAACGCCACAAGCCACAGCUGAAGCUUGUCCGAGAGCUGGCUGAGACCCUGAAGGGUUUACUCCAGACCCAAGAGAACCUGAUUGAUGACAAGGUCAGCCUGCUGAACUGCAAUUGGAUCGCCGUGACGUCAAGAAGCGAGCAAUGGCUAAAACUGCUGCUGGAUUACCAAAGUCAAAUGAAAACAUUCGAGGAGAACGUCGCCGAGAUCAACGGCUGGAUGGAUCGUGCCGAGGAAACGCUGGAUGAGAUGGAAAGCCAGGGCUGCAUCGAGCAUGUUAUUAAGGGUUUGCAGAAAGAGCUGGCGGAGAUGAAGGGUAAGGUUGAAGUGGUCCAGGGUCUGGCCGAGGAACUUGUAAAGAACAGAGGGGAACACUGUAAAGCUCAGGUGAAACCCAAGCUGGAAAAGAUGAACCAGCGCUUUGACAUCAUCACAAAGAGGAUUUUAACAGGACAGGCCUCUUCCUACGAGUUAGACGAGUACCACAGACAGGCUAAUAUAUGGCUCCAGGUGCUGGACGAGGAGAUUAAAUUGGGCGAAAGUCUAAAAGAGGAAGAUUUCCUGGAGGACGCGGGCAUAGAUGAGAGCGCACUGAAUGAACUGUUUUCCAAAGGAGAAAAACUUCUGAAGAGAACUCCUAGCGGAGAGAAGAAAGAAGCCGUCCGUGAGAAACACAACCUUCUUCAUGACAAAUAUGACACUUUAAAGAACUUGAGAGCCCAGAGGAGAAAAAAGGCCCUGGUUCUCUCUCAGCAGUGGUACCAGUUUUGUAAGAAGACGGAUGACAUGAUGCACUGGCUGGAUAAAAUUGAGAAGACCGUACGAGCGCUUCCAGAUCCCCCUGAGGAACCCAGAGUGAAAGUGGUCAGUUCUGAGAUUGAACAGCAGCGCCCGAAGUUGGAGGACUUGCGCGGACUGGGCCGUGUGCUUUCGGACAGUGGGGCUUUUAAGCUUGUAGAGCCACGCCUACUUCCUGUCAAUAAACGAUGGGUGGAGCUUGACGUUAACUUCACUCAAGUGCGCCAGAAAAGUGACCUGCAGGCUCUACUCCAGCGUAUCGCUGAAAAUGAGGCUUUACUGAAAUCUCCUGAGCGCUGGUCUGCAGCAUUCAUCAAUGUAUCCCAACAAGAGAAGUGCCUUAAGGAGGUUAAAGGCAAUCUGGAGAAACUAGAGACUCCAGUAGUGGAUGAUCUGGGCAGGAGCUCAGCUGAUCCUGUGCAGAGUCUACAGACCCAACUGCUCAAAACCAACUGGGAGAACCUCCUAAAACUUUAUCAGGACAGACUCAUUCGUUUGGAAAAAUGCAGGAAAUUCAGCGAGGAGCACAAAGCGCUUGAUGAUUGGCUGACCGAUGCUGAGCGGACAAUCCCGAAAUAUGAACAAGACCCCAUAAAUAACAGGGAUCGCCUCAAGGAGCUGCAGGAUGCUUUAGAGAAACAAGAAGCUUCAGUUAAGGACCUGAAUACUCUAGGGACAGACUUGAGUCCACAGUGCAGCAAGGACGACAGGGAUCACAUUAAACAGCAACUCGCCUCCAUCAACUCCCGCUGGGCCAAAGUGUCCAACCAGCUCACUGAGAUUAAGAGACGGUCGGCGGGGGCGAAGAUCAUUCUGGCCGAGCUAAAUGAAGACAUGGGGGACUUUCAGUCUUGGCUGGAUGAGGCAGAGACUGUGGUGGCGCUUCCUGUGGAACCAGGUCACAAGGAACAGCUCAGUUCGACCUUGGAAAAAGUGAAGGCCCGAGUGGUGGAACUGCCGAGCAGGAAACAAAUGCUUCAUCAGAUCACCAACAAAGGUUCAUCUCUACCCAGUGAUAAAGCCAAACCGCUGGAGAAACAUCUGAAGCAUAUCAACAUGCGAUGGGCCAAGGUGUCCACCGAUCUCCCCCAGAAGCAACGUCAAAUCGAAGAUCUUCUCAGGGAUUUGUAUUUGUAUCAGGAGCAGCUUUCCAAACUCUCCAGCUGGGCGUCCACUACAAGGAAUCAGCUUGAGAAGUCUCCCGAUGCAGUAGACCACAAGUUUGAGGAGGAUGUAAAGGAAAAGAAGCCCGCAGUAGAAACAAUCCUGUCGAAGGAGAGACCACCAUCGCAACCGGAGAAGGGGCAGUACGACGGGCUCAGUGCAGAUUGGACAUCCAUUCAGGUUCUUCUCAAGGAGUGGAAAGACAAAUGUCAGCUUGCAGCCACAACUUUGACCGGCAGUGCUGCGGGAGAUGCAGCCCUCGACAAAUUUAACAAAUCCUGGGCGGAGCUUAACGAUUGGCUGUCUCUUCUGGAUCACAUGGUGCAGACACAGAGAGUGACAGUCGGAGAUCUUGAUGAGAUCAAAGAGAUGACAGCAAAACUCAAGUCAUCCCUUCAAGACAUGGAGCAGAAAUGCCCCCAUCUGAACAAACAAAUCACUGCAGCCCAGAACCUGAAGAACAAAACCAAUAACCCCGAAGCACGGGCGGCCAUUACAGACCGGAUUGAAAAAUUGCAGGCACACUGGGAAGACUCCCACACCAAACUGACGGACAGGGUCCUUCAACUUCAGAACAUGCAUCAAGACUCCAGCGAUUGGCUGGAGGCCAGGAAAAGGGUGGAGCCUCUCAUUAAGAAAGCCAAUGACAAACUAGAGGGCUGGAAGACAGUGUCUCACAGCACUGAUGAUUUAAAAGGCCAAAAUGCUGAUGUCAAGCAACUUUCUAGGGAUAUACAGCAAUGGCAAGCUCAGAUGAAUGUAACCAAUGAGCUGGCAAACAAACUGCUCACUCUGUAUGUAGACGAUGACACCAGCAAAGUGAAACAAAUGACCGAGAGCAUGAAUCUGGCAUGGGCCAACAUCAAAAAGCGUGUGGGGGAUAAGGAGGCAGAUUUGGAAGCCGGACUUCGACAACUGCAGCAUUUCUAUCUGGAUCUGGAGAAAUUCCUUAACUGGCUCACCGAGGCAGAAACUACAGCCAAUGUUUUACAGGACGCCACGUUUAAGGAGGGACUUCUGGAAAAUCCUGCCACGGUGCGACACUUACUGGAGCAAUGGCAGGAUCUCCAAGCAGAGAUUGAUGGCCAUGGGGAGAUGUAUCAUUCAUUAGAUGAAAACGGACAGCGUAUCGUGUCGUCUCUGGAGGGGACGGAUAAUGCAGUGGUGCUACAGAAACGUCUCGAUGACAUGGGACAGCGGUGGCACGAGCUGUGUAAUAAAGUGAUGAGUAUAAGACCGUACCUGGACGCAGGUGUGGACCAGUGGAAACACAUGCACAUGUCUUUACAAGACCUGCUCAACUGGCUGCAGCUAAAGAGGGAGGAGCUAGAACAGCAGAAGCCAGUAGGGGGCGACGUGCCCACCGUGCACCAACAGCUCCUCACGCACAAGGGCUUCAGACGAGAGCUGGGUGCCAAAGAACCUGUGAUUAAUGGAACGCUUGACAAUGUGAAAACCUUUCUUUCUGAGAUGCCUCGUGAGGGGAUCAAACAGAGGCCUGGUCAAAAGGAUGUAAGCCCAGAGGAGAGAGUUCAAAACGUGAGCCGGAUACUGCGUAAGGAGGUGGACGAUGUAACUGUGCGAUGGAAGAAUCUGGGUCCAGCUGCCGUUGACUGGCAGCAACAGCUGGAGUUGGCCUUGGAGAGGCUGAUGGAGCUCCGGGAUGCCCAGGAUCAGCUGGACUCAAAGCUUCGCCACGCUGAAUCCGUGAAGGAUUCUUGGAAGCCCGUUGGGGAUGUGAUCGUGGAUGAUCUUCAAAACCACAUCGAUAGAGUAAAGGCAUUCCAAGAGGAAAUAGUUCCCAUUCAAGAUCAUGUAAAUCACGUCAACCAACUGGCCUCCACAUUUAGACCUCCCGACAUUCAGCUCUCUCCAGAUAACCUGAGCAGAAUCGAUGACCUCAACAUGAGAUGGAGACUUCUUCAGAUCUCCAUUGAAGAACAUCUGACCCAGCUGACCACAGCCUACAGGGAUUUAGGACCCCAGUCUCAAAAUUUCUUACAUGCAUCUGUUGGAAGUCCUCUGGAACGCUCUAUUUCACCCAACAAUGUCCCCUACUACAUCAAUCACCAGACCCAAACAACAUGUUGGGACCACCCAAAGAUGGCAGAGCUCUACCUGUCUUUAGCGGAUCUUAACAACGUGCGGUUCUCGGCAUAUAGGACAGCGAUGAAGCUCAGACGGAUGCAGAAGGCUCUCUGCUUGGAUCUGCUGGGCAUGCCCGCUGCCUGCGAGGCAUUUGAGCAGCACAACCUGAAACAGAAUGAGCAAUUCAUGGACAUCAUGCAGGUGAUCAACUGUCUGACCACCAUCUAUGAUAGUCUGGAGCAACAGCACAGCAGUCUGGUCAACGUGCCCCUCUGCGUGGACAUGUGUCUCAACUGGCUGCUCAACGUCUAUGAUACAGGACGAGCCGGAAAGAUUCGCACCCUAUCCUUCAAAACUGGAAUGAUCUGUCUGUGCAAAGCUCACCUUGAGGAUAAGUACAGAUUUUUAUUCCGAGAAGUGGCCAGUGCCACAGGUUUCUGCGACCAGCGGCGACUCGGACUCCUCCUGCACGAUGCCAUUCAGAUACCUAGGCAGCUGGGCGAGGUGGCGUCCUUCGGAGGAAGCAAAAUUGAGCCCAGCGUGCGAAGCUGCUUUCAGUUUGCCAAUAACAAACCAGAGCUGGAGGCUUCGGUCUUUCUGGAUUGGAUGCGUUUAGAACCUCAGUCAAUGGUUUGGCUCCCCGUCCUGCAUCGCGUGGCGGCUGCCGAGACAGCGAAGCACCAGGCUAAAUGCAACAUUUGUAAAGAAUGUCCUAUUAUCGGCUUCAGGUACCGAAGCUUAAAGCACUUUAACUACGACAUCUGCCAAAGCUGCUUCUUUUCUGGCAGAGUGGCCAAAGGUCACAAGAUGCAGUACCCUAUGGUGGAAUAUUGCACACCGACGACGUCAGGAGAGGACGUGAGAGAUUUUGCCAAGGUGUUAAAGAACAAGUUCAGGACAAAGCGCUAUUUCGCGAAGCACCCCCGCAUGGGUUACCUCCCCGUCCAGACCAUCCUAGAGGGAGAUAACAUGGAGACUCCUGUAACACUGAUCAACUUCUGGCCUGUUGAGCAUCCGCCCGCGUCAUCCCCGCAGCUCUCCCAUGACGACACGCAUUCACGCAUCGAGCAUUACGCUAGCAGGCUAGCUGAAAUGGAGAACCGAAAUGGCUCGUAUAUGAAUGAGAAUGUAUCGCCCAAUGAAAGCAUAGAUGAUGAGCAUCUGCUGAUCCAGCAUUACUGCCAGAGUCUGAAUCAGAGCUCUCCGCUCAGCCAACCUCAAAGCCCGGCUCAGAUCCUCAUCUCCAUGGAGUCAGAGGAGAAGGGAGAGCUGGAGAGAGUCCUCAACGACCUGGAGCAGGAAAACAGGAAACUACAAGCCGAGUACGAUCGUCUAAAAAAAGCGCACGACCACAAGGGACUGUCACCGUUGCCGUCGCCCCCACAGAUGCUGCCCGUCUCACCCCAGAGUCCACGAGACGCCGAGCUGAUCGCCGAGGCCAAACUACUGCGGCAGCACAAGGGUCGUCUGGAGGCCAGAAUGCAGAUCCUGGAGGAUCAUAACAAACAGCUCGAAUCACAACUCAAACGCCUUAGACAGUUACUUGAGCAGACUGAAUCCAAGGUGAAUGGUACAGGCCUGUCCACACCGUCCACUGCCUCACCGAGAUCUGACACCAGCCUGGCCUCACUGCGUGUGGCCGCAAGCCAAACCACAGACACCAUGGGUGAUGAUGAGCUGUCCAGUCCCUCCCAGGAUGCAAGCACUGGAUUAGAGGAUGUCAUCGAGCAGCUCAACUAUUCCUUUCCUCACAGCCAAGGUCCUAAUGUUGGAAGUCUUUUCCACAUGGUCGAUAACAUCGGACAUGCCAUGGAGUCGUUGGUUAGCGUUAUAACCGAGGAGCGGGAUUUAGACUGAAGAUGUCUUCUCCUCUGUGCAUGCUUUUGUAGUGUAAACAACUGAACAGGCUAUGUUUACAACGGGCAAAUCAAUAAAAAUCUAUUUUUCUGAAGGAUCGCGGUUCCACAUUGUAGAUUUGAUCUUUAGUAGUUUCGGUAGUUUCUUACGGCAAGACGAGAAUCGUUUAUUACGAAAAGGUUUUUAAACUUCUAUGCAAUUGUACAAAAAAGAGAAAGAGCAGCGUGUUAUAUAACAUGUAACGGCUCGCGUGCCAUGUGUUUGUACAGCGUGGAGCGCGUUUUCAAAGUGUUUUAUCUAAAUGCGUGACUGAGUAUACGCAAGGGUGCUUUAUCGACUAAUUUUGUUUGUAACAAAAUAACAAAUGCAUAUUAAAAAGCGAGUCCGUCCUCUGUGUGCAUGUUUGCGUGUGCGAAAGCGUGUAUGUAUGAAAAACGAUUGCGUGAUUUAUUUUUUUCCGUAGUGUAACCCGGCCCAUUCAACUCUAGCAAUCGGCAAACAUUUGUCAUGUUUUUAUGUCAAAUCAUAAGAAAAUGGUUAUAUACUGGCUACCUCAUAAUGUUUCUAUUUUAAUGUCAUUGAGAGAAAAUAUUACCACAGACAACAACAUUAAUCUGAUGUAAUGUAAAGUGUUCAGGACUAAUAAGAUCUUCAUAAAAAAAUAACCCAACAAUUGCGGUAUCCUUAUUAUUCACCAUUGUAAUUUUGGAAUGUAAUUGUUGACAAGCAUACAGAGUAAACAGUGCUGCUGUCAUUAUUUAGCUAAUAUUUACAUGUAUAAAAAAUACAUCUGUAGUUAUUUAUUACCAUUGACAUGAAAAACCUGCUAGCAAACAAUAAAACGUUUACAGAAAUCCACUAAUAAUAAUAAAAAGCCAGCAAAAUCUAUUCCACUUUGCAUUUAAUAAAUCUUGAGUUUGUGUGUCUAAUAUAUUUCUGUUG